GAGCGUCCUCCCCAGCGUGUAUACUCGGCAGCCCCGGCGGCUAGAGUGUCCCUCCUCCUGGGAGCCGCGUGUGACCUUCCCGCCCGCGGAGCGAUGCUGCUGGCGGCCGCUCGCCCCCUGUGGGGGCCAUGUCUCGGGCUUCGGGGCACCGCGCUCCGCCUCGCCAGGCAACAGGUGCCGCGUGUCUGCACCUUGCGGCUGAUGAGAUGCAGCAGCCAUCGAAGGGGGGAAGCCCUCGCCGGUGCACCCCUGGAUAACACCCCCAAGGAGUACCCCCCCAAGAUCCAGCAGCUGGUCCAGGACAUUGCCAGCCUCACGCUCCUGGAGAUCUCAGACCUCAAUGAGCUCCUGAAGAAAACGUUGAAGAUCCAGGAUGUCGGACUCAUGCCAAUGGGUGGCAUGAUGCCUGGUGCGGCCCCUGCUGCUGCAGUCCCCGAGGCAGUAGAAGAAGACAUCCCCAAACGGAAAGAACAGACGCACUUCACCGUCCGCCUGACAGAGGCAAAGCCGGUGGACAAAGUGAAGCUGAUCAAGGAGAUCAAGAACUUCGUGCAGGGCAUAAACCUGGUGCAGGCAAAGAAGCUCGUGGAGUCCCUGCCCCAGGAAAUCAAAGCCAACGUCACCAAAGCGGAGGCCGAGAAGAUCAAGGCGGCCCUGGAGGCGGUGGGCGGCACUGUGGUUCUGGAGUAGGCCAGCAUGGAGGACUCAUGGACCAGGGGUCCCAGGGACCUAGGCGAGGCCCCGCCCGCUCCACCCCAGCACCCAGGCACAGCUGACGGGCAGCCUCGGAGUAGAACUGUGCACAGGCACCAAGUGGCAGCCCGCUCUGGGACAGGCGGAUGGACCUACUGAGACAGGGAGGGGAGGGCUGCGGUCUGUGUGAGCACUGGGCUGACUCUGGACCGUGCCUCCAGUUCACGCGCCCUCUGGUGGCCGCUGAGAAGAAUACAUUGUUCAGGCACUGUG